UGGAGCUCUCACUGCUCAGUACAAACAUCAGAGGAAAGACAUUAUCAGACGUUUAUGGUUUACAGUGCCAGUGAUGCUUGAUUCAAGAAGCAUUUGCAAGAAAAAACACUUGUGGAUGUACUUCUCAGCCUAAAGCCAGGAUGAUUAUUACACAUAUUACACAGCUGCUUUCAAUCACAUGCUUUAAGAACAGUUCAACCCAAAUAUUCAGAUGUGUUCAGCACAUUUUACGAAGGACGAGGACUGUUUCCUGAGAGAGUAGCCUACAGUGCCGGUGUUCUGACAAAUGAAGGAUUUGCCACUGAUGAUUCAAACGAUGCUCGUUAAUUCAGGGUUGACUCUUCUCUUGUGCUCAGUCUUUGCACAUGUCAGUUCCCAGUCCUGCGGGUGCAAGACUUUACCGUCCCGAGGUCUGAGGGUGGACUGCAGCUCGCAGGACCUGAGAAGCAUCCCUCAUCUUCCUGAAGAAACCACUGAACUCCUGCUGCAGAAUAACCUCCUGACCACCGUAAGUCCAGGGCAUUUAGACCGGCUCCACCACCUGCAGCUGGUCAAUUUAUCCGGGAACCCCUUCCACUGCGACUGCAGCAUCCAGUACUUAAGACAAUGGCUACAGAGGAAUAAAGCUGUCUCUGUGAUGCCGGUGUGUGCCAGUCCUACAGAACUGGCCCAGAGGUCCAUCCAUGAGCUCACUGAUGCUGAUGUCACAUCCUGUGUCUCUGAUCACUGCUUUGAGUGGGUUUAUAAUGUCAUCUUAUGCGUCAUGCUUUGCUUUCUCAUUGGUCUGCUGCUGUGGUGCCUGCAGCUAGCAAGAAACUCUACGUUUAUUCUGGGAAUUGAUGAGAGACACCGGGGAUUUGAGGCAGAAUCUCUUCGAUCGCUCAAACCCAAACACCGAGUGAGGAUGAGGUGCAGUAUCGGGUCACUGAGCACAGGGACCGGUGACAUGGACAAGCCUUUACUCAACAUGGACAUCCUCCCUCAGAUACUGGACAUCCUGCACAAACAACACAACAUUAAGAUUAAAGUACCGUGAAGAACUGAACCGUGUCCUUACCUCUUCAUUUAAUUGUGUGUAAUAAUAUGCUUUCAUGAUAUGCAACAUGGAUGUGACGUGAUAUUAGGAAACUAUAAAUCUUGCCAGAUACAUUUAUAUUUUGCUCUCUAAAUUGUAUUUUAGUUAUUAUAUUGUGUUAAGAAAUAAAUAAAUAAAUACAACAGUCAGUGAGGCAAGUGAGGCUUUAUUGGGACACGGUGCUUCUCACCAGGGCCCACUUGUUAAAAAAGUUAGAUCCAGAUCAGAAUGCUCUAGAUUUGGAAAUCCCAGUUCUGCUAUAUUGGCUCAGGUAAUCUGUUUUACUUUUGUGCCAGUUUUUCAAAUGCAACACACUUCUUCUGAUUACCAAAUUCAGAUAAGACUAAAAGCGAAAUAAAAAUGAAUAAAAACUAUAUACAUAUUAUAUAGUUUUUAAAACUAUAAAACUAUAGACAUAUUAAAUAAUAAUAAUAAAGUAAAAAAAUGACAAAACACAAAAAAAUUACUAAAAUUUUAAAUUAAAACUUAAACUUAUAUUUUGUAAUUCAACUCAUUCAGCAUAUUAAUAAAAGUUAUUAAUCAAUGAUACUAAAAUACGAAUAAAUGGGACUACCACAAUGUAGGCUACUAAAAAAAACUGGUACGAUACUCAGUGUUCACAUUAUAUGUUUUUAUUUAGAGACAGAAAACAGCAUAAUAAUAAAAAUAAGGAAAUAAAUAGAAACAGAUAUGCAAUCAAUAAUAUUGGAAACUAUACGUGCUUUUUGAUAUUACACACUUUAUUUAUUGUUAACCUUUCUUUUUUUUAAAGAGUUACUAGAGACUACACUGGUUUCAGCUUCAGGUCUAGCUUCAUAUUCAGCUUCACUGCCAGCUUCAAACUGAGGAGGAUCACUUUAGAAACAAAUGCCUGCAAAUUAUUAUUAUUAUUAUUAUUAAUAAUAAUAAUUUAUUUAUUUAUUAAUCUGCAAGUUGUUAUUCAUGACUUAAAAAUGCACAACAAGACUUGUAUUACACAUAAAGUUAAAUAUAAUUUUUAUAUGGUCUUUUAUUUGUUGCCUUCUGAAGUGGUUUGAGUGAUUGAACUGUAAUUCAUCUAUUUUAACGCUUUGAGCGGUGUGGUCCCACAUGUGGGAUUUUUAUUUCUGUGCCCCUGGUUGAUGACAUGGCAAGCAAGUGUGUGAAUAUUUUGAAUAAAAGAGGAAAAACUGAAUAAAAGCGAUUGAUCUGUCAUACAGUGUUUUUGUAGCUGCUGUGUGUCACAUGACAAGUAUGACGUGUUGCCAUGGGAACAUGUUUAUUUCUUUUGGAAUAACAUACUCCCUCCUUUCCCUACAACCUUUUCUACUCCUGCCAUCUAGUGGCCAAAUGAUACAUCUGUAGACUAAAAUGUCCCUCUUCUUCAAGAGCAUAAACAUUGAAAUACAGUCUUGGAACACUAUAACACAAUGCACUGAUGCAUUAACACGCUCUGAACAUGAGUAAUAAGUAAUUACAGCAGGACUGGAAGUGUCAUUCUGUGUUCACUUCAUGCAUUAAAGGAUGUUUCAUAGUAUGUUUCAUGGUCAUAGUAUUUAGACUAAUCUCAGGAAACAACUAAAAUGACAAUACUCAGCUUGUUUCAAAUGAUACACUUACCCAGCAGCCUUUUAUCUAUAACAAAAGUCCUUUAACUCUGCUGAUUUAAGAAAGACCCGUUCAAUGUUAAUGCUCUUGAACCUGAAUCUUUAAGAUUGGUUCACUUGAAACCCCACCACAGACGUCACAUUGUGUUUGACAUCGGAACAGGUCUUUGUGUCUGUGCUGACAUGCUCCAGUACACGGUUCAAAAGGUCUAACCAUGUGCUAGAUAGUAUGUGGUGUUGCCUGGAAAUUAUGCAGGAACUUUUUAACCGUUUAUUUCCAAGGUUUCUCUUGCUGAGUUGAAAGAAAUGUAUACAUUGUUACAACACUGUGAUAUUGUAUUCUGCCCCAUUAGCUUGUGGGCAAUGCUGUAUAUACUGGAAUAACACAAUACUAUAUCAUAUUGGAUGCCACAGAAAUUCAGCAAAAGACUAUUGUGUAAGAUAAGUUCACACAAUCCCUUGGUGCAAUUUUUAAGAUAAAUUGACAAGACAGUGGUCACCCUGCACAAUUGUUUAAAACUAGGUUCUAGUUCUUUGCAUAUUUUUGUCUUUACCAACCUUUCUCUGUGUGUGCGUGAAGCUGGGAUAACUGAAGGCUGUCUGUGAUAAUGAGCAAUGAGUUGAGAGAUAGACAAUAAGUGAAUAAUAGUAGUAACCAUUUCUGGUUCGUCUGUUGAGUCACCUAUCUAUCUCAGGUAAAGUGAGUCAGGAGAGGGAGUCAGCAGUUGUGUUGUAUUUCAAAGGGUUGUAUACGACCUCAUAUGAAUAACACAACAGGCAGACUAACCAUAUACACAUGCCAGUUCUUCCUGUGCCUUUGGAUGUGAGAAGAUAAGCAAGACACAGGUGUAUCCUGUGCUGAAGUCUGAAAUCUGAUGUGCUUAUAAAUUCUCCUCCCCCUUCAAAUCUGUCAUAAUUUUAAUUUGUUUUACAUUUGCAGUUACAUAUAUCUACAGGGCAUCUUGCUUUAUUAAUAAUAAUGUCUUAAUCAAACUUUUACAACAUAAGGACAGAUCCCCUGAGCUCAGCCUAUGAUGCUUGAGUGAUCAAGAACAUCCCAAUGUACAAAUGAUCUUUCCUUUAGUUCCUCCGUCCUCAUUUUCUUACUUUGCAUCGUUCCCUCAACAUUUAAGAGAGCGGUGGAGCUGAGACACAAGGAGAGGAUUCGGAGAGAAAGAAAUGGUACAAAU